CAGAAACACGACGGGCGGGUGAAGAUCGGCCACUACAUCCUGGGGGACACGCUGGGGGUCGGCACGUUCGGCAAAGUGAAGGGGAUGGAAGAGGAGAACCCUUCCUUCUCUUGCCCUUUCUGAGUCAUAGAACUGGAAAAUUGCUGUAUAGUCCACAGGGAAGCAACUGCCUAAACCUUCUUAUGAAAAUCAGCAAGGCCAACAAUGCAAGAAAUUGGCAAACAUGAGUUGACUGGGCAUAAAGUUGCUGUGAAGAUACUCAAUCGACAGAAGAUUAGAAGCCUUGAUGUGGUGGGAAAAAUCCGCAGAGAAAUUCAGAACCUCAAGCUUUUCAGACAUCCUCAUAUAAUUAAACUGUACCAGGUCAUCAGUACACCAUCUGAUAUUUUCAUGGUGAUGGAAUAUGUCUCAGGAGGAGAGCUAUUUGAUUAUAUCUGUAAAAAUGGAAGGAAAUCUGAUGUACCUGGAGUAGUAAGAACAGGCUCCAUGAAGGAGCUCGAUGAAAAAGAAAGUCGACGUCUGUUCCAACAAAUCCUUUCUGGUGUGGAUUAUUGUCACAGGCAUAUGGUGGUCCAUAGAGACUUGAAACCUGAAAAUGUCCUGCUUGAUGCACACAUGAAUGCAAAGAUAGCUGACUUUGGUCUUUCAAACAUGAUGUCAGAUGGUGAGUUUUUAAGAACAAGUUGUGGCUCACCCAACUAUGCUGCACCAGAAGUAAUUUCAGGAAGAUUGUAUGCAGGCCCAGAGGUAGAUAUAUGGAGCAGUGGGGUUAUUCUCUAUGCUUUAUUAUGUGGAACCCUUCCAUUUGAUGAUGAUCAUGUGCCAACUCUUUUUAAGAAGAUAUGCGAUGGGAUCUUUUAUACCCCUCAGUAUUUAAAUCCAUCUGUGAUUAGCCUUUUGAAACAUAUGCUGCAGGUGGAUCCCAUGAAGAGGGCCACAAUCAAAGAUAUCAGGGAACAUGAAUGGUUUAAACAGGACCUUCCAAAAUAUCUCUUUCCUGAGGAUCCAUCAUAUAGUUCAACCAUGAUUGAUGAUGAAGCCUUAAAAGAAGUAUGUGAAAAAUUUGAAUGCUCAGAAGAGGAGGUUCUCAGCUGUCUUUAUAACAGAAAUCACCAGGACCCUUUGGCAGUUGCCUACCACCUCAUAAUCGAUAACAGAAGAAUAAUGAAUGAGGCCAAAGAUUUUUACCUGGCGACAAGCCCACCUGAUUCUUUUCUUGAUGAUCACCAUUUCACUCGGCCCCAUCCUGAAAGAGUACCAUUCUUGGUUGCUGAAACACCACGGGCACGCCAUACCCUUGAUGAAUUAAAUCCACAGAAAUCCAAACACCAAGGUGUAAGGAAAGCAAAAUGGCAUUUGGGAAUCAGAAGUCAAAGUCGACCCAAUGAUAUCAUGGCAGAAGUUUGUAGAGCGAUUAAACAACUGGAUUAUGAAUGGAAGGUUGUAAACCCAUAUUAUUUGCGUGUUCGAAGGAAGAAUCCUGUGACAAGCACCUACUCCAAAAUGAGUCUACAGUUAUACCAAGUGGAUAGUAGAACAUACUUAUUGGAUUUCCGUAGUAUUGAUGAUGAAAUUACUGAAGCCAAAUCCGGAACUGCUACUCCACAGAGAUCGGGAUCCGUUAGCAACUAUCGAUCUUGCCAAAGGAAUGAUUCAGACGCUGAGGCUCCAGGAAAAUCCUCAGAAGCUUCUCUUACCUCAUCAGUGACCUCACUUGACUCUUCUCCUGUUGACUUAACUUCAAGACCUGGAAGUCACACGAUAGAAUUUUUUGAGAUGUGUGCGAAUCUAAUUAAAAUUCUUGCACAGUAAACCUAAAACUUUGCUUAUUUCUUUGAGAGCAAUAAGCAUGUAUAAUAAAUCAUAGCCAAAUGCUUCCAUUUAUAAUCAAGUUAUAUAUAACUAUAACUGAAGAUUGGCCUUUUGGAAUGCAAUUUGCACAGGGAUUGGAAUGUGAUUAAUAGUUAAAAGCCUAAUGUGCAAAAAUGAAUUAAGAUAAUUUUGUUGUUCAUUGUUGAGUAGGCAUAUAGCAUAAUAUAAUAUACACAAUGAAUUAUAGGACUCUCAGGCUCGCUUGAUUUUUGGCUAUUUUAUAUUUAGUGUACACAGGGCUUUGUAGAAUAUUAAUUUACCAUAAAGGCCUUGAUAUAUUAUUACAUGUUGAUGUGUUAUAUAUUUGCUUCAUAAAUGUAUUCAAUAAAUAUUUGCGUAGAAUCCCCAGAGACCUUUAUAGAUGAUUUUGUUUUCUGAGCUCCUUAACUUCUUGAAUAGCAUCUAUCUUCCAACAGUAGGGACAGUCUGGAUGACUCUUCCAUAUCUCCCCUUAAUAUUCUGUAGUAUAUGGUAAGUCACAUCAAAGGUUUUAGACACAAUUAGAAUUUUUUCUUUAGCUUGGUAAGUCCAAAAACACACAGAACUUAUAUAUUCAGAUACUCUAGGCAGUAAGUUUAAUCUUACAACUUGUCCCACUCUAUUCUGUACAUAAAUUGCUGUUUUUGUCACAAGAGCUGAGUUGCAUAUACUGUACGUAAAUCAUCUUGUUUUUGCCAGUCUCACAAAUUCUGCUGCUUAUCAUGUCAGCCGGUAUUGAAUGUAUGUAGAAAUUUCUAGCAUUCGAUUAUGUAUCUUUUAAAUUGAUUCAGUGCACAGAAAGCACAUCUCUUACAAACUGUUUAAACGCUCAGAUAAGACUUUUUCUCCCAAAUUUUAUCAUGAACAUUCUUAGAAAAAUUGAAAGUCUGAAGGGUGAUCACAUGUGUAUCUACCACUUAGAUUCAAUACUUAACAUUUUUCCAUAUUUGCUUUGUCUAUAUCUGUGUAUAUAGAUAUAGUUAUACACAUAUAUGCUUGUAUAUAUAUGCUGUUCCCCCCCGAGCCAUUUGGAUGUUGCAGACAUACUCAUCACCCCUCAACAUUUCAAGCAUCUCCCAAAAAUGAUGACAUUUUCCUAAAAAACCAUAACACCAUUAUAAAAUUAAUAAUUCCCUAAUGUCAUCUAAUCAUGCAUAUUUAGAUCUCCCCAGUUGUCCUCCAAAUUUCUUUUAUAGUUGGUUAUUUCAAACUAGGAUUCAACUAAAGUUUACACAUUGCAUUUGGUUAUGUCUCCUUAGAUAUGACAUUAUUAUUCUGAUAAAAUAUGGAACAAAUCGGUUAGUUCUUCUAGAUGGUCACAUUUGUUUUGGAUUUUAAGUACUUUUUAAAAAGUAGGAUUAUGAGAACUGCCUAAAGAUGCUUAAUCUUCCUAAGAUCUCUGAUUCGUAUUUUCUUUUUCUUGCUCUUAGUAAUAGCAUUACAUAAUAGGUGUAAAUGAAGAUUUAAAGUCACCUCAGAUAAAAUUGGUAUCAUGUAUGCUAAUAAAAAAUAAAAAAACCACUAUCACCCAUAAUUGCCUUAUACUAUUUUAACUUCAAGAAAUUGAUUUUUUUGGGGGGGGAUAUUAAUCAUUUUUCCAUUGCAACAGAGCUAUCUUUUGUUCUCUUUUAAGACUCUGUAUUAUAGGAUUGGUUUGGGAAAUCCAGUGAGCACCCAUGUAACCAGACAGUAAUGUACUCAAAUGUCAUGAUAGCUUGCAUAAAUAAUUACUGUAGUUGUAGAUUUGGCUCCAGCACCUCUAGAAACAUGCACUGAAUUUAAAAGAAAAAUGUUUUUUCUUUUUUGUCUGGGGCUUGUUCUCUUCAACUUUAAAUCGGAAAGCUGUAUAAAUUAAUAGAGGAGUUCCAUUUAAAUAUAAGUUCAAACUGUAUUUAUAAUUUGUGUGUGGCCCUCUGUUUUGGGGAUAUUGAUUUCAUGUAGGGUCUCUAAAUGCAGCAUUUUGUUCCUGCUGUUAAGAACAGAAGACUGUAUUUUUAAAGUUACAUAUUUGUAUAUAAAACUAAGACAUCGCCGUAAUGUCUCUAUUAGCUGUUAAGGGGAGGGGGGAACUAAAGGAGGAACCAAUUAAAUAGGACCUUCUAAAAAUUGUUAAUUUUGUAAACUUUGCUUCUUUUUUAAGUUAUUGUGAUUCCUUUUAGUUACUGAGUUUUAUUUUGAAGAUAUUUAAAUAUUGCACUUGUACAAAUAGUAUAAAUGCACAGACUAUUGCAGUAAAUUCUUUUUUAAGCUGGGAUAUUUGAAAUGAUAACUUUUGGUUGAGUGUGUCAAGGUUGCAUCAGAAUUUUCACAAAUUUAUUGUAGUUUGCAAAUUCUUAUUAAGUGAAGAUAUAAGAGAGUCAAUGCAAAUGAUUUUUAAUCUUUUUUUAUUAUCUUUUCAGCAAUUUAUAUUUUUUGUGAUUUUAUGCAACCAUAUUUUUACUUUGUCUUGACAACUGAAAGAUGUAUAAGGUUUUUGCCAGAAAUGUACUGUAUACAUAGUUUUAAAUAUAACAGAUUUUACUGAUAUGUAAAAAUUUUGCCAUUAAAAUAAAUGAUUUCUCACUGAGAGGAACUUUUCUACCAGGUUGCGGGAUAUGGGAGCUUAAUAUAUCAUAUCUAAUUUAAAAUAAUUUCACUGAAAUAAACUCCAUUGCUUUUACUUUGA